UGCGCUUGUAUGUUACUGCGCAUAUAUUAUACGUAUAUGUUUUGUUGAAGAGAAUACAUUUGUGUAAGAAUGCUAGGAUGUUCAAAAAUGUGUUCGGAUCCGGAUUUCUUGUAAGAACCGCGCACGUUAUCUUGACAUGGGUCGUAACGCUGAUACUCUUCCUCCACGACACGGAUCUGAGGAGGCAGGAGGAGACAGGCGAGCUUGCUCAGCCAGUGCUGUUCGUGUUGCUGGUCUUGCUGUCAGUGCUGCUGUACUUUGCGGUGUCCCUGAUGGACCCGGGCUUCGUCCUCUCCGACGACGACAACGAUGUCAAGUUCGCCCUGGGCGUUGGUGAGGAGCACCAGGACAUGAUGGCUCAGAGCUGUAAGCCACUCCGCCAUCGGCGCUGUGAUCAUUGCCUGCUACAGCAGCCAAUGAGAGCCAAGCACUGUCAGACCUGCCAGCACUGCGUUCGCCGCUAUGACCACCACUGCCCUUGGAUUGAGAACUGCGUGGGAGAGCGGAACCAUCGCUGGUUCAUCCUUUACCUCUCUGUCCAGCUUUUGGCUUCGAUCUGGGGCCUCUACAUGGCCUGGUCGGGGUUCAGCUCUGCCCCUACCUGGGAACUGUGGCUGCGGGGGAAUGGCAUCCUGUUGGCCGCCGCCACCCUGGUGGGUGUGGUCACAGUGGUGGUGCUCCUGCUGCUGGGCUCCCACCUGUACCUGGUCUCCCACAACAUCACCACCUGGGAGUUCAUGUCCCGUCCCCGCAUCUCCUACCUCAAGCACUGCGGCGCUGACGAGAACCCCUUUGACCGUGGGGCGCUCCAAAACCUUUGGGGGUUCUUCUGCGUCUGGGGGACUGUGGUCUGGGAGCAGGUGUACUUCCGAGAGGGCCAUAACCCUGUCUAGUCUUCCCCACUUUCACACCCUCUGCCCAGUCCCACUCCACAUUCCAAGGUCCAUUCCCCCUUUUUCUCUGUUAUGAGCUGAGGGGGUUAGGUAGGGGCGUGAGGCAUGGAGCAUUGGACAGGAUUGGGCAGAGUACCACCACUGAUAUUCCGUUUACUGACCGGACAGUGAAGACAGCAAAAGGGAGGAGUAUGUAAC